UUAUCUUAAAUAAAAAAUUUUCAGUACGCUUGAAUUUAUUUCGAUAAAAGUCAAAAAGUAAAUUUUCGGUAAUAUUUCCAUUUCGGCUUUGCAAUUAUUCGCAUCCCAACCCCAUUUUGGGCAAAAUUAUUCGUUUCUCAAAUUGAAAACGCCUAUAUCCUAAAUCUACAACAUGGCCAGUUCUAAAGAUAUCGACUGGGAUGAGCCGCUGCCCUCUUCACCCUCCAGUGUGGAAGAGGAGCAGGAUCCCGACGAAUGCAGCCCAGAUAAUCGUAAGCGUCGUAAAGAGGAGAACAUUACCAUGUUGCAGUCGUAUGUGCGCCGCAUGGCCUACCAGCCGGCGCUCCCACCCAAGACCAAGCCCUAUGAUGUGGCCCUGGCGCAACCCAAAAAGUACACACUCGCAGAUAACUAUGAGCAGUUCAAGGACAUUUACGAUCCCAAGCUGCGGGCCAAGCGCCUCAAGCGCAUGCUUGGCAAAUACAAUGCCAUUACUACUGAACAGCUCGAGCAGAUUCUUAAGCAGAACAAGACCAAGGAGCGGCGCAAGGAGGACUUCUUAAAGCGCAAACAGGAGCUCUACUACACCAUGCUCACCAAGCUGGAGCGCCAGUGCCGCACACAAUAUCUAAAUGUCCUGAUCAAGAAGUUCAGCAAGUUUAUAGCUCAUCUGGCGACCACCAUGCGUAUUCCCCCCCAACUUGUCGAUCCCUAUGCUCGCAUGCAGCGCGGCAUAUUCUGUAACAUCCUGCUGGCCAUUGGAGUCCAGCCUACCUCACAGUCGGCUAUCUACUAUACCAGCCAGGAAUCCAUUGAGUACGACGUCUGCCAUCGCCUCGCACACGCUCUCCUUAGUCUGAUCAUCAAGGCGCUGGACAUGGCGGCCACGCGCAAGACCAACGAGUAUGAAAAACCGGCUGAGACGGAGUUCGAGAUGGACAACUAUAUAAAGGAUCGUCUGAUGUGCGCAGCCGAGAAGAAGCUCAUGAACGAGCGUCGUCGCAACCGUAAAAAGAAAAGCCAGUCCUUAAACUACAGUGCCUUUCAGAAGUGCGAAGGUUUCGAUUGCGCUGGCUGGGAAAAUCAGAUGUAGGAUCCACGGCGCAGUUAUUGUUUUCGUAAUUCAAGAAAAAACAUUUAUUCAGAUUUCCAAACACUUGUUGCAGACACAUUUUGUAAUCCAUUCAAUUGAUUAAACACAUUUCGAAAACAUUCAAAGAA